GGGUCUCUUGUGUCACCGAGUUAGGGGCUCCGAUUGGACUUCUGCCUCCAGGACUCGCCCCGGGUCCCAGUGCACUUUUCUGUUCCCUGCUCUGCCCGCAGGCUUCCUGUCAGACCACCGGCCUCACUUUCCACCCCAGCUACUCAGAGCGGCCCCUGGGCCUGGCCCGGGCCAGCCUGCUUCCACACGGCGUCCACGGGCCCCGUGUGCAGCCCACGGCCGUGCAGCCCAGGCCGUGGCUCAGUUCCCUCACGGGGCUAGCGGGAAGGGAAUGUGCCUGGUGCAGGGAAUGAGGAAUAAAGCAGGGUUUGCAAGGUGCUUGCGACAGGGCCGGGCCCGCAGUCAGCACCACGCGGGCCUGUUCAGGGCCCGUCGUGCACGGAGGGGCUGGAGGGGCCGUGCCCUGGGAGCCUCGGGGAGCGUGGGCCUGUGUCUCCUGGAGGACUCCAGGGUGUCCUGCCCACGCCAGCUCCCAUCAGCAGGGCCUACGUGGUGGCACCCGGUGUGCCCUCUGGAUGCGUGGCUGCUGUUCGUGGAGCUUCUCCGGAGCUGCUGGGACUGCUGGGGCACCAGCGUCAAGGCGGAGGUGGUGCCUGGCGAGCGGAAGCCUGCGCCUGGGAGUGGCUUCGCGAUGCGGACUGAGUGUGCCGGGUUCCCUUGAACCCCCGCGGGCCUGUUACCCAAGUGUGGUCACUGGGGUCCUGCUCACGGUCCUCCCCUGGCCUCUCCCACACACAGGACGAACAUGAGGGGGUGUUUCUGUUGCCGUAAAACUGUAUUUCCAGGAACAGGCAGAGUCACAGGUUGUUGGCCCCUGGCCUGGACCAAGGGUUCUGCAGCUUGGACUUGCGUCACAAUUCCCCGGAGGGUGUGUAGAGCAUGGACCCCGGAAGCCCCCCGAGUUCCUGAGUCGGGGGUCUGGGGAAGGGCCCAGGGGUUUGGGUGUCCCCCAGGCUCCGGGUGAGGUGGCUAGACCGGGGCUGCGCUUUGAGAACUGAACUCUAGAAGGUGAGCCUGAGUGGGGGCCAGGGACCCCCGGGGAGCCUUGGGUCCUGCUCUGGGAGGGUCUCUGACCCGACAUGGACAGGGUGGCACCAGUGAGGGUGUGGACGGGACCCCUGGCACCUGAGAAACUGCUCCUUUGAACCGUUUGAGAAAUAAAACAGGUACAGGCGGGUGGGGGGCCUGUGCGGGUCCCCCAGACUCAGCUCCCAGUCUUGACCUUCCCCGUGGAGGAGACUCGGGGGAUCCUGGAACAGCUUCCCCCCACCCAGGGAGAGGCCCACAGUCACCAUUGUCCUAAACACAGAGCCUGGGAGCCCAGUCCCUGCAGCAGAAGCAGUUCCUCAAGCAGCAGGGAGCUCAGCGGGCCUUCAGAGUGGCCCUCUGGUGGGGCUCUGUCCCCUCUGCCCCACGAUGAGGUCCAGUUGCCCAGAGCCUCCGUCUUGCUCAGGGCACAGUCAGCCCCUGACCCCCCACCCUGCAGUCAAGCCCUGGGGCUUGGUGUACAGACCCCCCACCUUCUCUCCUGGCUCUCCAGUUUCUCCCCUUCCCCGGGCCUCUGCCGCUGGAGAGCCAGGCUCAGGUUGGGCCUCAGGGUCCCUGCUUCCGCUCCUAGGCAACCUCAUCAUGGCUUUACAUGUCAUCCCUGCGUCGAUGACUCCAGAAGGUACAGCUUUCGAUUCUCCUGGGCUGUCUGGUGCUAUGUCAAACGUAACGCCCCCAGCACACCUCGCUACCUCCUGGCCCCAAACCGAUCCCCACCCCAGGGUUUCCCUAUGUGGUCAAAAACGGCAUCCCUAAGUAGAGUGAAGCUCUGGCCAAAACUUGAGGGGUCCCUUACUCUGGUCUUGGCCUCACACCCAAGCUUCAAGACAUGUUCCCACUACGACCACCUCUCACCUCCGCAGCCGCUGGCUCCUGACGCCUCUUGUCGGCCUCUCUCCACGCGGCAGAGUUUACGACAAACCAGCGCCGCCUGGGGGCCGGGGGAACAGGGGCCGAUGGUCACAUUUGGGUUUAAGCCCAAAGCGGGGCCAAGUCCCCAGUGCCUGGAGAAGCAGAGCAGGCCCUUACAUACAGGUGACAAAUGGUUAACAAGACGACUGUGUGGACAUCGGGAGCUAUAGCAGAAAUGCAGUCAGAGCAGAACAGGAAAACGUGGCAGAGUGGCUGGGCGGCCUGGGGACCGGCCCCCCCUGGCCCCUGCACAGUUUGAAGGUGGAGCCCUGGUGUGACCCCACGCCCUGGAGGAGAAGGUCUGCCUGGACCCCAACCUCCGUUCCUCGGGUGCUAGUGGUGGGCGGUCAGGGGGUGGCUUCCCAAAAGGGUGAGUGAAUGUGGCCCCUGCAGGCACAGGAGCUCACUUAACCCAGCACCAGGGGCCCGGCAGGUGUCCGGACCCGCUCAGAGGAGGAGCCCAAGAACAGACACACAGAACUCGAACAGGAACAUGGAAAUGGAGGCACAACCAGGUUUUUUUUGGGGGGGGGGGAGAGGGCCAGGACCGUGUCCAUCCCAAGUUCACAUGGUAAAUAAAGCCUGACCCCCAGCCCCUCAGAACGUGACUGUAUUUGGAGACAAUCUCUAGAGAGGAGAUUGACUUGAGGCCAUUAGGCGGGUCCUAAUCCAGGACGUCCUGUCCUCCUAGGAAGAGGUGUGGAUACACACAGAGGCAGAGGGACACCCUCGAUUGGAGCAGAGGCCUCAGGAAACCCGGAGGAAUGCCUUGAUCCCGGACCUCAGCCUCCAGGACGUGCUCGUCCCUGGGAGGGGCCUGGCCGCUGCCUUGAGGACGCUGCCCAUGUUCCAUGAUGAGGACCACGCCCGGGCCCUUGGCCUCCCGGAGGACACCCUGGUGCUGCCGCCCGCCAGCCCUGACCAGAGGGUCAUCUACACGGUACUGGAGUGCCAGCCCCUCUUCGACUCCAGUGACAUGACUAUCACCGAGUGGGUUCAGAUUGCCCAGACCAUCGAGAGACACUACGGGCAGUACCACGGGUUCGUGGUCGUCCACGGCACUGACACCAUGGCCUUCGCGGCCUCCGUGCUGUCCUUCGUGCUGGAGAACUUGCAGAAAACCGUCAUCCUGACUGGUGCCCAGGUGCCCAUCCACGCCCUAUGGAAUGAUGGCCGUGAGAACCUGCUGGGGGCCCUGCUCAUGGCCGGCCAGUACGUGAUCCCCGAGGUCUGCCUGUUCUUCCAGAAUCAGCUGUUUCGGGGCAACCGAGUGACCAAGGUGGACUCGCGCAGGUUUGCGGCCUUCUGCUCCCCCAACCUGCCCCCUCUGGCCGUCGUGGGCGCUGACGUCAUACUCAACCGGGAGCUGGUGCGGAAGGUCCGAGGGAAGGAGCGGCUGGUGGUGCACAGCAGCGUGGAGCGUGACGUGGGGCUGCUGCGUCUCUACCCCGGGAUCCCCGCUGCCCUGGUUCGGGCCUUCCUGCAGCCCCCCCUGAGGGGCGUCGUCAUGGAGACGUUCGGCUGCGGGAACGGGCCCACCAAGCCGGACCUGCUGCGGGAGUUCCGGGCCGCCACCGAGCGAGGGCUCCUCAUCGUCAACUGCACACACUGCCUUCAGGGCACCGUGACCUCUGGCUACGCAGCCGGCAUGGCCGUGGCGGGAGCCGGCAUCGUCUCCGGCUUUGACAUGACGUCGGAAGCUGCCAUGGCCAAGCUGUCCUACGUGCUGGGCCAGCCGGGGCUGAGCCUGGACAGCAGGAAACAGCUGCUGGCCAGGGACCUCCGGGGGGAGGUGACGCUGCCCGCGGGGGACGAGCACCAGCCCUCGCUGACUUGUAGCACGCUGGGCCGGGGGGUCGCCCAGCUCCUCAGUCUGAGCCAGGAGGCCGAUGCGGUGCGGGAAGCUCUGACGCCUGGCCUGGCCUGUGCUGCGGCCCAUGCGGGCGACCUGGACGUGCUGCAGGCACUUGUGGAGCUGGGCAGUGACCUGAGCCAAGAGAACUUUAACGGUCAGACCCCUCUGCACGCGGCUGCCCGGGGAGGCCACCCCGAGGUGGUCACCAUGCUGCUGCAGAGAGGGGUGGGUGUGAGCGCCCGGGAUGAGGAUGGACUGAGCCCGCUGCUGCUGGCGGUGAAGGGCAGGCAUCAGGAUAUCAUUGGGCUACUGCGGGCUGCUGGGGCCUGCCUGUCCCCCCAGGAGCUAGAGGACGCAGGGACCGAGCUGUGCAGGCUGGCUUCCAGGGCGGACCUCGAAGGCCUGCAGUCAUGGUGGCGGGCGGGGGCUGACCUGGCUUGCCCAGGCUAUGAUGGGCGCAGUGCCCUGCUUGUUGCAGAAGCAGCUGGAAACCUGGAAGUGGUGACCUUUCUGCAGAACCUCCAGGGUGGGGCUGCUGUCCAGGCCCCAGGCCCAGCCACUCUGUGACGCACCGGAGGGCCCCGGCCAUGGCCAAGAGGUUCCUGGAGCCUGGAGGGGACCUCAGACCCCUCUACUGCGUGUCCUGCCCACCCUGCCCCACUCCACUGGGCGGGGGGCUCCCACCUGCCUCCUACCUCACACCCCAUCCCCCCACCCCGUCAUCUGGCCCUCCAGAAGACUCUCAAGUCUGGCUGGGUUUGCUCAGGUCCUUGGGUCCCUCCCUGGGAAAGGACUUGUCCGUCUGCCCUGCCCCCACACACCGCCUGUGCCCAGGGAAGAGAUCUCAAGAGACUUCCGGUUUUCAGGCAGUGCUGCCUGGUGUCUAACCUGAAGCUGCCUUGCUGCGGAACAAGCCAUUCCUUCCUGUUGUGGCCUGCUGGAGGGAUGCCACCCCACGACUCUGUGACGUACCCCCACCGCUGGGACUCUCCCCACUCUGUUUUGCACACAACCUAAAGGUCUCGGUCGGGCAGAGCGGCAAUAAAGUCUCUCUGGGGACCUCCCUCGGUCCCCAGACCCCA